AUGAUCAAAGCCUAUGUGGUCGUUGAAGCCGUACCCAACCCUUCAGAACAUGAGCUCAUCUUUGAUAUCGAGGACGCAGAACCGCUGCGUGUGCCCCUUGUCGCACUCGAGCCCGUUCCAGCGCUUCACGUCCAGGCUGAUCUCAAUUUUGGGGAGGUCAUUGAGGACGGCGAAGUGCAUACGCGCCAAUUGAUUAUUUGCAACGUGGGCGAUGCGGAUGCUGACGUGGUCUUGGACACGUCUGAGCUGCCCGGGCACGUCAAUGCCACCCCCAAUCAUGGUACGAUUGUGGCCGGAGGUGGUGAAUUGGCGGUGCGCGUGGACUUUGCUGCAGCUCAGCCCGGCCACACGUCCGCCAACCUCAACAUCAUUUGCAAUGGCAAACAAGACACGGCCGUUCCCAUUGCCGGAGAUGUGAUUCGCCAGCGCCUGCUUCUGCAGAAACCGGGCCGGAGCGAGACCGUGGCGGCUCAAGAUAUCGGCUAUUUUUAUUACAACACCACCCGCAGUCUCCGCGUCACCAUCUACAAUGAUCGUCCGUGUGCCACUGAUUUCUACACCAAAUUGGAGCGCCAGCGCAUCUGGGUAUAUACCGCCAAUGGUCGAGAAGGCUGCGAUACUUUCACCGACACGCUAGAUAUCGUCCAGGUUCAGCCCGCUGAAGGCCACCUGGCUCCCCAAGAAAAAAUGGUCUUGACCAUCACCGUCAACCCCAAGCUCACAGCUGAACAACGGCAAAUCAGCCGAGCUUACGCUUGCCGGCGCGACUUUGAGUUUGAUUUGGCUCUUUGUGCUGUCAACACCGAUCUACGAGCCCCCUUUCGCCUUUCGGCGACCGCUGUUGUCCCCCAAUUUGAGGUUUCGGACUCACAGGUCACGUUUGACGGUACUCCGCUCGGGGAAACCACGCUGCUUGGUACCGGCUCCAUGGUACCCAACGAGGACGUGCGCCAGCGCAAGGCCUUCAAGGCGCAACACGGAAGAAAAUGCCCGGGCUACAUGAGAAUCGUGAUCACCCAAGUCGCUCGCCCCCGGCAAGUCGUGUCAGCUUUCAGCGACGACCCGGUUCCGGGGCUCGUCUCAAGCCCAUUGGGCAGCACGGUCGACUUUGGCAGUGUAUGUGAAGGGAGCCGAAAUCAACAAGAAGUGACGAUUCGCAACACCUUGGACCGUCCGCUGGAACUGUCUUUCCGGUGUUCUCGCGCAGAGCUUUCCAACAGCACAAUCGUUGAGCGUCUGGCUCCGGGUGAAGAAGGUCGCUUGUUGCUUGUGCUCGAUGGCAUCACUGCCUCAACACCACGAGACCUGCUGGUGCCGGUGGGCAUUGGAGUCAACGCACAGCAAGAACGCCGCAUAUCUGUGCGAGCUAUCGUGGUGCCGUUUGCCAUCAAAGCCGAACCAGAUGCCCUUGUCAUUUCGCCCGGCACCAUCAUUCAUCGCCACAAGCCUUCCGCCACCUGUACACUUUUCAACCCCUUUGGCCGUGAGGCGCGGUUCAAGUGGCUGCCCGAGCGCUCGGCCUCAGCCUUUACCAUGCUGCCAGUGACCAUCUCACAGCACGAGUUCACUUGGGCGCAUGUCUAUGAAUACCAAAGCGUCGCCCGGGAGUUUGUUUUACGCAACGACUCGCCCUCUGUUUGCCGCGUUACGUUUGACCUGGCCCAGUUGGAGUCGGCAUCCGUGGUCGCUUUAGAUGACAAAGAUGAAGGCCUGGUCGAGGCGACAGAUCUCGUCACUCCCAGUGGUGAGGAGGUUCAACACAUCCACGUCAAGCUGGAAGCAGGCGCAGAGAUUUCUUUGCUGUUCCGCUUGCACCCGCGUCAAAUCGCGAGCCUGCGAGCCAAGGUUCCGGUUUCAGUGGGCGAGCACCCUGUGGGCGAGUUACAUGUUUCAGCCACAGUGCUAAAGGCACCCGUUCACGUUGAUGCCCCCAAGGUCUAUGUGACUUACAACCCGAACGAGAUGAUGGUUGGCGAGACGUGCCUAACCAAUGUCAGCCAGCACCCGGUCUCCAUGCUCAUCGACCUCUCCGACCUGCGCUCUUCCCCCGUGGCUCUCCUCAACGAUGAUGCUCAAGCCAUCAAAGACAACAUCUGGGAAUUCAACUUGGCUGAGGGAGAGCAGCGCACUUUGAGCUUUGCGAUGCUACAGAGCUCACGCGCUACGAUCACCCGACGCCUGCCCAUCUACUUGCAGAAACAAGCCGCUCCGCUCGCCGUGCUUGAGGUGGUAGAAGGCAGCGCAGCCGUGGACAUUGCGCCCGCCAUUCCAAGCGUGGAUGUGGGUGCGCUCAUGACAGGCCAAACAUGGGAAGGCGUUGUGCACCUUGAUGCGCUCAGCGAUGUCACCCAGCCGCUGGAGCUGGCAGCCUUGGUUCAAGAUCACCAGGGCGUUGACAUGACGUUGUUGCGCUCAGCCCAAGACCACACAAGCGUACGCGUGGCCUUCCCCGAAGGCAACAUCCUCCAACCUGGCACAGACCGGCUGCCACUCAGUGUCACGGUCAAAGCCCGCGUGGUUGGGGAUAUCUUCGCGACGGUAGUUGUGUUUCGACGCGACCCAACCGAGGACGUGCAAGUGUGCACGCUCUCAGUUCGAGGCAUCUGUGACAACAGCGUGCUAUCUGACGUCAAUAACCUUCAAUACGACGAUGAAGCCUUCAAGACCGCAGAAAAUGUCAUGUUACGCUUUUUGGGCCAAUAUGGCACGCAGCGUUCGAUUCCGGUCGAAAACCCACAGUCUUUUGUGGAACGCUGCGGUUGGACCGCCAUUGACAUGGUGUCCUUCCUGAGCAAUGCCUCAAUCCCUGGGUUGCCGCUGACACGGCCCUUGACCUACUCAGAGGACCAAUCGCGUCACAUGCUGCAGCUUGCCAUCAGUUUUGUGUCUGAUCAUGGCGGGCUUCUUGAGCCUGUCACGCCGGAAAGCUUGCGCAGCGGUGAAGCGAGCUUUGAGCAGCGCAAGAGCUGGCUUCGCUUUUUUGCCCAGGUGUUGCGCUGUUUCGUCAUUGGACGCGGCCCUCUUUAUGUGUGGCGAAAACCUGAGCGAACGCGGCUGCGCUCGUCCAACUUUACCGAUUCCCAGACGCGUGUCGUCGACUGGUUCUGCCAGGCGACCAACCAGCCCCAUCCACAAAACUUGCGCGAGCUCCUGCUUGAUUUGAAGCCUCUUAAAAACUUGUUGGUCAAGACCAUGCCCGAUUUGGCAACGCUCUUGACCCAGUUCAAGGACGAGUCUGUGACCGUGGAUGCUCGUCGCCACAACGCCAUCAUUGUGAUUGAGACGCUGCGCCGCGUGCGCUUCCUGUUCAACAUGGACGCUGCCGACUUUCUCGAGUGCAACAAUGUGUUUGUUCUGUUGUUCCUGCACUCUCUGCAUGCCUUUCUACCCCAGCUGACGCAAUGCUGGCAAACCGUCAAAUUGCAGGGGGCCGUCAACGCCAGCCUGAAAACGGUUAUCAAGUUGCCCAACACGCAAAAGCACGCAGUUGUUGUGCACUUGACGGCGUUGUGCGAUGAGAUGGGGUUGGAUUUUGCCGCAUCCACUGCCGUGGCCAAUGGCACUGAGAUUGAGAUACCAGUCACCUGGCGACCCAAGGGGGAGUUGCGGUGCCAGGAAAAGAUUCUCCUCGCCGUGCAGCGCUCCGGAAGUGCUCAUGUCGAGGCGGGCCACGUGCUGGUGGACCUGCAGGCAGACUUGCAGGCCACCCAACCAAGCUUGAUUGUGGAGGCAUCGUGUUAUGAGCUAGCUCAGGCAACGCUGGUUGUGCCUCCGCGGCAGAUUCCGGCUGCAGGCAUGUAUGACGUGACGGUGCGGGCGCUGGACGCACCCGAGGAUCCCAACCCUUUGCCGGCGCUCUGGGCGUGCAAAGAUGAGCUGCAUCUGCAACCGGGUUCGCCGGGCCGACUGAUGGUCAAGUUUCUACCUACUCGUUUGGGCCUGCAUCGCGUGCACGUGGUUUUGGCACACCGAAGCUCAGGGCAGCAGGUGUGUUUGGAAGUGCAUGGCAAUUCCUCGCCUGCUGCUCCCAACGAGUCGUUUCACUGGCAGUGCAACUUGGCAAAGCCAGAACAGCGAGUCAUCAACAUUCCGUAUAUCAAUGGAGCGCGCCGCGUAGCCUUUUCCACCAUUAGUCGCGAGGUCGCCAACCUGCGCAAUGUUGCCUUGACUAGUCGAGUGCCCGGGAGUUCGAGCGGAAGCUUGGAGCUCCGCACAUCGGUGCUGGGUAGCGCCCAUGCCAAGUGCCCUGCCAGCGUGGAAUUGACGCCUGGCAUGGAUGCUGAUACGGCCACUGUGCCUCUUCCUGUAAACUUCACGCCAGUUGCCGUGGGCACGUAUAAAUUUGCCAUUACCUUACAGGGAUCUGGCGACACGCGCGUGUUUCAAAUUGUGGCCGAUGUCCUGGACGGCAAACACGUGAACAUGGCUUGCCGAGCGGCGCUGCAUGGAGAGGCUGUUGUGACGGCAACGGUUCUGAACCCCUGUGAUGCACCACGUCGCUUUCGCUGUGUUUUGGAAGGACCUCCAAGCUUCUCGCUGGUGGGUCAACCCAAGGAUGGGGAAGUGGUCGUACCCAACGAGCGCGAGGCGGCUGUGGAGGUUGCGUUUUCUCCCACAACGCCCGGGACCGAGCGCAGCGUUUUGCGCAUGGUGGACGUGCUCACUGGCGUGACUAGUGAGUUUCACCUGCGCGGCACAGGUGGACUUGAAUCGCGAUCAGCCAGCGCCAACUUGCUGGACCUUGGCCGCCGUCGCAAUGAGGAUGUGUCUCUGCAACAAUUUGAAGCCCGCUCUGGGUUCUCACCGCGCAGCAACAGCCGAAGUGGGGGUGCAACCCGAGUGGAGAAUGAUGAGAAUGGUGAUGGCAGCUUUGAUCUCGCAGAUGAAAGCAACGCCAAUGAUCUUGAUGGCGACGGUACAGUACGGACAGCCAGUCGUCUCAGCGAAGACAAUGCGGAGCAGGCAGCUGCCACGGACAUUGACGGCUGGGCUUCUUCCGUAGACACGACGGGUGAAGGCGUGGGUCUGCAGCUGCACGAGGAUGCACCUCUCAUUACCGUGGGCGAGCCAACGCCAUUCGAGGUGCGCAUUUUCAAUGGCACAUUCGAGGACGUGGUGGCCCAAGUGCGAGUCCCAAGCCCCUUUGUUCAGGUUCUCCAGCCGCGUGCUGGAGCGCGCUGCCGGCUCAGAGCCCAACAGACCCGGACCUUGGCACUCGAAGCCACUUUACCGGAUAUGCGUGACUAUCAAGUUCCACUUCAACUCGUCACGGAAGAUGAACAGACACGCGAGGGCCGCAAGGGCAUACAAUGUCUGUGUGCAAUCCGAACUACUGCAUCCCCGCUGACAGGCGGCAGUCUCACGCUGUCGCGGGUAUCUGACACUGAACCCACUGCUCGAUACAGCUUGGUGCCAGGCGAUACGCUGGCCUCGGUGAACUUGGUCAAGCCCAGCAACUGUUUACAGGCGGAACUGGAUUCCGACAACGCUGGGCGCUUGGCGGUGCAAUUUGCCCCUGGGCGUAGCGCCGGUGUCACUCAAGCUGAUGCCCUGGUCACCACAAGCCAGGGCCGAACCUUCCUCUUGCCCAUCUCGGCUGCGCCGCCGGGCUUGUAG